ACAAGAAUGGGUCAGCUAUGUGGACGAUGCAUGCAGCUCCUGCGGGACUUCAUAGGCUUUGUUCAGAGGAUGUCCUCUGACUUGGUGCAAGGCAUCAAGGAAUGCUUAACUCUGAUAAGCAAAUGUUCCUGCUUAAAACAGAACAGCUCUAAAAACAGACAGCUGUACAAACCAAUCCUACAGCCUCAUGAGAGAGUGACAGCACAGGAAUUUCUGCAGCAUAUCGAAAAAGAUUUUGAAAUGUCUCCACUGGGAAAGGACCCUCUGGAAGCCUUGAGGACCUUAUCCUUUUCAGAAAACCCUGGUUUACAGCAGUCAGCUGCCCUCUAUUACUUGCAUAUGAGUCAGCACAUGAACAUCCCCCUGCCUGUGGAGCAUCUGGAACCCUUCUAUGCCUUACUACGUUCUGCUGACCUGGAGGUGCAGCAGAUGUCUUCCUUGUCCCUUGUCAACUUCCUGCUGGAAGGAAAUAUUGACAAAGAAUUAGUUGUCCAAAUGGCUUUACUUGAGCCAAUUCUGGAUCUGCUUGAAUCAGAGGAUCCCACUGUCCAGUGUAAUUCCUGUGCCUGCAUCAUGACUUUGGCUGUUUCAGAGUCCAACCGAGAGGCUAUUGGUGCUGCUAGAGGAGUUACACCCCUACUGUCUCUUGCCAAUUCCUAUGAUCCCAGAGUCCAACAAAAUGCAGUUGGUGCUAUUCUGAACCUCACACAAUCAGAGAAAAUCCAACAAGUCCUAUGCAAGGAAGGAGCCCUACCAGUCCUUGCCUUGCUGCUGGAAUCUCCUGACUCAGAAGUCCAGUAUUACAGCUGUGCUGCCCUGAGCAACGUGGCAGCCAAUGUUCAGCACCACAAAGCCUUGCUGAGACCCAGUGACAGGUUCCUGCUGCGGACACUGAUCUCUCUCCUAUCCUCUUCUGUGGACAAGGUUUCAAGCCAGGCAUGUGUUUGCCUAAGAAAUUUGGCUACCAGUGUGGAUAUCCAGGCCGAGAUGGUUGCUGAGAACGUCCUGCCCAAGCUGUGCUCUCUCCUGGCCUCUGGCAGCGAGGACGUGCGUCGUGCCUCCAUUGCCCUGCUCUGGAUACUCUCCCAGCACCCACCCAACCAGGACACUCUGGCAUGUGCUGAGCUACUGCAGAGCCUGGGGACGUUACUGGCAGCACAUAAAACAGACCCUGUGAUUGUUGGACAUACUGCUUGCAUCAUCAAAAACCUGUGCCUUUCCAAAAACAAACAGAGAAUCACUGAGAGCCGCUGUGUCGAAGGUCUCCUCCAGACCAUGCUUUUGACCGACACUCAGGAAGACUCCCUUCGUUACGUGACAUGCUGCCUUGCUGAGCUAGCGAAGCAAGAAGAAGCCAUGUUACACAUGGUCCAGUGGAUGGAUGAACCUUUGACAAAGUGCUUGGUGAGACUGGCUGGCCAACGGGAACAUCCUGAGCCAUCCUUUCAUGCUGCCUCCAUCAUCCUGCACAUGAUCGGUCACGAAAAAAUGAUGCUUUUGUGGAAGCAUCACAUUGGAGAGAUUCAAGCCUACCUCAAGAAUUUUCUUACCCACCCAGAGGUCCGUUUUCAGCAGCUGGGCAUCUCCACACUCUGCAGACUACAAGCAGAUCCAGACUUUUCAUUAGCAUUCAGAAAAAGCCAAAUGGCCAAACUCCUUGAGCAAGUCCGUCAGCAAACAGAAGAAACUCAAGAGCUCCUUAGGGCAGCUAUGUGCCAUGAAGAUAGUUAA